GAUGCAACAAGUCCCUGGAGUGCCGUCCGUGUGUUCAGUUAGAGUGAAAGUGACACGGCAAGGGAAGGGGAGAGAGAGAGAGAGAGGGAAACGCUGGCUGCUUCCUUACCUGCUCCCACCAAAUGCAAAUCUCCAGCCGGCUCAUCUUGCUCGCCUGCACGCACCAGACGGGUUAGAGCGGGCGCGGGGUGGGGGUAAAGUGAGCUGGACUUUUUUUCUCUUUCCCUGCGUGCGUUCUAUGGGGUGUCCUGAGAAGACUUUGGCGGGGAACUUUGAAGCCCACUCCCCACGUGUCGGGAGGGAGGCGAGAGAGAGAGAGACACGUUUUCUCUCCCCCUCCCCACCCCGCGCGCCACUUCUUUCCCUGGAUUGUUCCAGCUGGGUCUCGUUGCCAACCCCCUUCUCGUUUAUUAAGAUCACGUAAGAAGAAGAACCCAAAGGGGGAGAGAAAACGUGUCUGAGCUCAGGCGUUUGCGUAAAUCCGAGAUCGGUUUUUAAAGAACUCCCUGCCAGCCCGUCGCUUUCCGUUUCCUUCCUGUAGCCACCAAGGUGGUGGAAGAGUUGAGGCUUGCGGAUAUUGCAAAGGGUUGUUAUUAGAUUCAUAAGUCACACCAAGUGGUGGGCGAUCCACUGAGCCGAGCAGAACUUCUCACAUGAUGACUUCAAACGAGACACAUUACCUCCCAGCAUCUGUUGGAGAGACUGGAUUUUAAAGGCACUUCUGUCGCCAGGACAGCAAAGAAACAAUGUUCCACCAAGUGAAAAGAGUGAUGACCAUCCUUUUCCUUACUAUGGUUAUUUCAUACUUCAGUUGCAUGAAAGCUGCCCCAAUGAAAGAAGUGAGCAUCAGAGGACCAGGCAGCUUGGCUUAUCCCGGUCUCCGGACACAGGGAAACCUGGAGAACCUCGGCGGGCCCAAUGACGCCUCCAGAGGAUUGACGUCCUUGGCGGACACUUUUGAACAUGUCAUAGAGGAGCUCCUGGAUGAGCAGCAGGUCAUCCAGCCCAGCAAGGAAAAUAAGGAUGCCGACUUGUACUCAUCUCGGGUGAUGCUAAGCAGUCAAGUGCCUUUGGAGCCACCACUGCUCUUUCUGCUUGAGGAGUAUAAAAACUACUUGGAUGCUGCAAACAUGUCCAUGAGGGUCCGGCGUCACUCCGACCCGGCUCGCCGCGGGGAGCUGAGUGUGUGUGACAGUACGAGCGAGUGGGUGACGGCGGCCGAGAAAAAAACGGCGGUGGACAUGUCAGGGGCAACUGUCACAGUCCUGGAAAAAGUCCCGGUACCCAAAGGCCAACUGAAGCAAUAUUUUUAUGAGACCAAAUGCAACUCCAAGGGUUAUACGAAAGAGGGCUGCCGGGGCAUAGACAAGAGGUACUGGAAUUCCCAGUGCCGAACUACCCAGUCUUAUGUGCGAGCUCUCACUAUGGAUAACAAGAAGAGAGUUGGAUGGCGGUUUAUAAGAAUAGACACUUCCUGUGUUUGUACACUGACCAUAAAAAGGGGAAGAUAGUGGAUUUGUGUUGUAUAGAUUAUAUUGAGACAAAAUUUAUCUAUUUGUAUAUAUACAUAACAGGGUAAAUUAUUCAGUAAGAAAGAAAAAAUAAUAAUUUUAUGGACUGCAUGUAUAAAUGAAGUUUAUACAGUACAGUGGUUCCACAAUCUAUUUAUUGAACAUAUCCAUGAGCUAAAGAGGAACAAGACAGAAAGAGAGAGAGAGAGAGAGAUAAAUUCAUUUGCGCACAACUUUGAGAAAAAAAAUGCAUUACAUUCCUCUAACAUUGUGGUUUGUUGCUGUUGCCAAGAAUUGAAAACUUAAAAAAAUUAAAAAAAUAAAAUUGCAUGCUGCUUCAAUUGUGAAUUGAUGAUAAACUGUCCUUUCAAAAAAAAGAAAAUGAACCAAAACAUUCCGUUUACAUUUUAGACAGUAAGUAUCUUGAUUCCUAUUAGUAUUAUAUCUGUUUACUGCUUUUAAAUUCUUCUGGUAGCGUUGGAAUUAAAACAAUGUCAAGGUGCUGUUGUCAUAGUUUUACUGUUGAUUUUUUUUUUUUAAUUUUAAAAUUCCCACAUGGUUUUAAAAAGAGGAGAUUACUCCCUGUCAUCACCGUAUAUGUUCUGGAUAAAACAAAUUUGGGGUUUUUUUGUAUGUUGUGAAGGUGUUUGCAAUAUCAAAUCAGACUACUGAAAAAAAUAAUAAAAAAGGCAACUGAAAAAGACAGUGUUGAUGUUCCUCCCAGUGCUCUUUUCUAAUCUACAGGCAGCACUUUUAUGUUUGUCUAGGUGUGGUUUCUAUUCUAUGAUUGUUGCUUUAAAGACCUGCCUUUUGCUUGUUUUGUAUUUUGGUUGUUCUGGGGUCCAUCUGCCCCCCAACACUUUUCCUCUCUUAGGAAGAAAACAAAUUGCAUUCUCUUUCAAACAUAUUCCCCCCAUUUUCCUUGGGUGUUGAGAACAAAGAUGAUUGCCCCAACCUAGGAAGGGAGAUCUGCAUACACAGCUGGUGUGGAUUCCUCAGGAUCUUUCGCCAGGCUGCACUGAGCUUGGUGAGGAUGGAGAAUCUCAUCACCAUCCUCUCGUUGUAUGAGCGGAGUCGGUUCAGGGAGAAGUAGUAUUUGUGUCUGGAUUAACUAUCCCGUUGAAGUACAAUUACCAAAUCUUGGCAAGAAAGAAAGAAAAGGGAAAGAAUCACAUGAAUAUCAGAUGGUACUUUAGCAAAUACAUUUGGAAUGCCACAAUGCUGUAACCUAUGGAUCCAGACGGUCUACAGUUGUGUUGGCAACGGAAGGAUUAGCAAUCGCUACUGAAAAGAACUGCACAGAGAGACAGUGAAGCAGUAAAGGCUUCCCUGUGCGAGUAAAUAUAUGCAGGGCAGCCAGAUGCUCUUAUUGUAAAAAAGAAUGUCUAGUAUGCCCCGGUUCUCAAAUACCUGCUACUUUUUCUACUUGAGAUAAUAUGACAGAAUCCAGGCCUGAAGGAGUGGCUCUGGAAUCAGGUAGGCAGAGCCUUCUACCUCAAAACCCAACUACCUGUUUCGUCUAAAUAUGUCUGCAACGGUCUAUGGCUUUUUGAGAGGUAGCACACAAUAGCCUUAUCUUCUACAGGCAAGAUAAUCCUGUAGAACCAUAGCUCUUGGUUUAAAAGGAAAUCCUAGGAUGCAAUCCUGAAAUCAGUUGCAUGCACUUUAAUUAAAGGUAACUCCAGUGGUACUCUUAAGUAAGUAACUGAGCACAGGACUGAUGCCUCUGGCCUUGGAGAAUUAUCAGCAAAUCCAGCACAACCUGCAACACAAAUAGCCAAUGACUACAUUAGAAAUGCCACAGCAAGAGCGUGACCUCUCACGAAAUACAUUCGGUUUUUUGUUUUGGCAUGCAUCAUAUAACCCACACGUUGCAAUGCAGACAGUGUCAUUUAUCAAGGGAUAGUUGCAUGUAUAUUUCAUAGUGACGAUGCCUGCUUCCAUGGGUGGGGUCCAAUGUUUUGCUAAACAGAGAUCUUUGCUUUGAUGUAGGCCUAGUUUUUCGAAAGUGGUAGAUAAGGUAAAUCUGUUUCUGGACUGAACCAUUUCAAACUGAAAAUGAAAUACCCCCACCUCCCCAGAGUGGGGAGGCAGUCGUGUCAGGGAGAAGGCUAGGCUACAGCCCUUCUCCUUUGACAUCUAGUUUUCUAUGUGAAGGGGGAAAGGAGGCAUUCAAUUAUAUGAAUCUCCACCUGCAGUCUAAAGUAGUACAGUCCAGAAAUUAGUUUACUAUUUCAUGUGCUAUUUGUUUGAACUAGGCUAUAAAUAAAAACCCAACCUUUCUUGGGUGAUAUUUCACUAGAAGACUCAGGCCUUAAGAUAAUGUGUCUUAAAACACCACAAUCCAAAAAUAAGCUCAUUUCAGAUCCUGGGAUUAUUAAUUUAGCAGUAGAAAUCAGUCCCUCAUUUCAUUAAUGGUCAGUUUAUGCAGUUAUCAGAAGUAAAAAUUGGAUGCAAACAAACUUAGCGUAUUUAUUUAUUUUAUUUAUAGAAAAUAUCAAAGCUUUUCACCAACUUCUAAUACGGGAAGAAGAAGGUUGGUUGUGGGAUAUUACAAAUCUAUUCACUCUCCUUGGACAUGUGUUCACUGUUGAAAAACAAAACACUAACCCAAUUGAUUAACGACAGUAUGCAGGUAGAUGCUUUGCCAUUAAUCAACUCUUGACUGCCCAAGGCUGGGCAAAUAAAUGGUUGUUACCUUAAAGGAAAGCAGAUGCUGUCAUUGUCCAUUUUUAAUAGGCAAUCCAACUGGAGCUAAAUCAGCCUUUCAGCCCAAUGGCAAUCCCUUUAUUUAGCUUUAACCUGCAUCCCAGGCUAUCUUCACCACAAAAUCCUAGUAGACAUUUAAUAUAAGACAUAUAACUUAAAGGCGGGGAAAAUAUCUGGGUUACAUUAAUCCAUGCAUUUGGAAUGGAAAGUCUUUGUAAGAUUGUGUUAUAAGCAAGAAGCUGCUUUUGUUCACACUUUUGAAAGUGGAAAUGGAGGGGAAUCAUUGUCAUCCCUCGGUGAUGUUUUCUUAUGCAAUGAGAAAA